UCCUCUGUUGUUUCGUUUACUGGGGGGACAAAAAGAGCAUCAUGGAGUAUGAAGCACUUCAUCUAUGCAUACUUGCAAGUUUAUGUGCUCUUAUAACCGGUGCUCCGACUUUGUGUUCUAAUGAGAAUCUGGGCAUUGGUAUGGGGAGAUUUUCUCUCUCAAAUGGUUUUUCUGAAGGUAGCGUUCUGAGAUAUACUUGUCCAGAAGGCUAUUACCCAUCUGUUAAGAGUCUGCAGUGUAAAAAUGGAAGAUGGGACCCAAAACCAACAAGGAAACCACAGUGCAAGACGGUCACAUGCCCAGAUCCUCGUGGUUUUGAAAACGGUGAUGUCUAUCCUCAUCAGCAGAGGUAUUUCGUGAACAGCACAACAACCUACUCGUGUUAUUCUGGCUACACAUUCAGUGGCUCAGUGUCCCGAAUCUGCCAACCUAAUGGGAAGUGGAGUGGUGGCACACCAAUCUGUGGAAGAAACUCCGAUGACUGUCCUGAUCCUGGUGUUCCCCCUGGCACUACAAGGUCAGGCAAUGUGUUUAAUAUUGAUGACAAAGUCACAUACAAGUGUCACCGUGAGCUGACCUUGAUUGGUUCCCAUGAGCGAGUCUGUCAGGAGGGUGGCCUGUGGUCAGGGGCAGAACCGGAAUGUUACGCUGAUUUCACAUAUGACACCCCAGAGGAAGCAUCCGAGGGUUUCAGCUCUUCUCUAAAGGCAAUUCUACAGGUUUCUCAACAGUAUGAAGAAAUAGUUCAGCAAGAAAAAAGAAUAACAGUGAAUAAGGGUGGAAAGCUUGAUAUCUACAUUGCCUUGGAUGUAUCUGGUAGCAUAAAUGAAACAGACUUUGAAAAGGCAAAAGGUGUCAUAAGUAAACUCAUAGAAAAGAUCAGUUACUAUGAGGUCUCCCCAAAUUAUGAGAUCCUGAUUUUUGCCACAGAUGUUGACAGGAUUGUCUCUAUGCGAAAAUUUAAGAGUGGUCAAAAAGAUAACCUCUUACAAAUUCUUAAUAAACUAAGAGAUUAUAAAUAUAGCAGUAAAGGGACGGGAAAAGGGACUAAUAUCGCCAAAGCUUACAGGAGCAUUUAUGGGAGUAUGCUAAUUGAGAAGGAAAUUGAUGAAAAGAGCUUUCUUCAGACUCAACAUAUUGUCAUCUUGUUUUCUGAUGGUCAAGCCAACAUGGGUGGAGAUCCCAAACCUAAGGUAAACCAAAUAAAAGAUCUUGUGAUACAAAGGGAUCCUUCACGUGAGGAAAAACUUGACCUUUAUGUGUUUGGAAUGGGUGAUAAGGUAAAUGGUGAGGAUAUAAAUCAUUUAAAGACUGACAGAGGAAAUGAAAAGUUUUUUUUCAAACUUCGAGAUCUGCAUGAUUUAAAGAAGACGUUUGACACCAUGAUUGAUGAGGGUACCAGUGUAGAACUGUGUGGACUUUACAAAGAUUACAGUGAUGGCACAAAUUCCCAUAAGCGUCGUCAAUACCCCUGGUUGGCAAAGAUUAUUGUGACUCGUAGUGAUGGAACAGUUUCAAAAUGCAUGGGGUCUUUAGUCACAUCGACCUUCAUCUUGACAGCGGCUCAUUGCUUCAAGUUUGGUGAUACACCUGAUAGGAUAAGUGUUUACAUGGAAUCAAAGUCCAAAGGAAUAAAAGUUAAAGAGUACAUACCUCAUCCUAGCUAUAAUGUUGCAGCAAAGCGUCACAAGGGUAUACCAGAAUAUUAUGAAUUUGACAUAGCCCUUCUUCAACUAGAAAAGCCUUUAAUCAUGAGUCCUGAUAUUCGACCAAUCUGCAUCCCCUGCACCAAGGAAACCAGUGGAGCUCUAAAACUUUCAGACAGAGAGGGAACGUGCAAAAAACAUGAGGAGAUGCUAUUGAGUGCAGAUACCGUGAAUGCUGCUUUCAUGUCAGAUAUCGGAGGCAAGAUUAAACAGAAGAACAUCAAAAUCAAACAGGGAAAUUUGCGGGAUGCUUGUAUUGAAGAUGCAAAAAAAGCAAAAGGAAUUACUGCGACAAAUGCAAAGGAUAUUGUUUCACACAAUUUUUUAUGCAGUGGUGGUAUUGAACCAACCACAGAUGAUGUUGCCUGUAAAGGUGAUUCUGGAGGUGCCACAUUUGUUCCUGGUGCUCGAAUAGUACAGGUCGGUAUUGUAAGCUGGGGAGUGAAGGACAUGUGUGCACACAGCUCUAAACCUAAAUCUGAGAAAGAUUCCAGAGAUUACCAUACAAAUCUGUUCAGUCCAGAAAUACGUUCAUUCCUCAAAAAAUAUCUGGGAAAUGAAAGAAUAGGAACCCCUCUUACAUUCUUGUGAACAUUUAUUUAACAAUAGCUUAUUUGCAUACUUAGAAACUUUGUGCAUAUACAGUGGUGUUUAAAAAUAGCACUCAUAAAAGUGAAAAAGUGCAGAAAUGUUAUAAAUAGAUUUUAUUUCCUUUAUUUCAAAUGUAUUGAAAACAUGACACAUUCAAUGUCAAUUCAAAGCAUUAACAAAAUGUAUCAAGUCUGUCUUCUUCUUUUAAAGGGAAACAAAGAAAAUUAAUAUUAAGCUGUUAAAAAAUAGCAGUAAACAUUUUUUUUCUUUAGAUAAUAAUUUUUUAAAGAUUAAGAGAUUUUAAAUAUCUGUGUCAAAUCGGGUCAACCAACAUCUGGCAGCUAGAAACAUGUAUUUCAGUCCAGCAUCCACAGUUCCUGUCAUUUUUUAGGUUUUGCAUCAGAAACUGCAUUUUAAUGUCACCCCACAAGUUUUCAAUGGGGUACAGAUCAGAGGAUUGAGCUGGCCACUCCAUAACCUCAAUCCUUUUGUCUGGAACCAAGAUUUUGUCCUCUUGCUUGUGUUGUUGUGGAGUGGUUUUCUUGUUAAAACACCCAUUUUAGGGGCAUUUUCUGUUCUGUAAAGGGCAACAUAAUCUUUUUAACUACUAAAUCUGUAAAUGCAGAAAUAUUACUACUAAUAAUAACAGAGGUUUAUCAGGAUGCACUGCUAUUUUUUUGAACACCACUGUACCGCAGUUAAAAUAAAACAUUUUCUUUGAGCUUUGUGAGAAUUAUUCAAUUAAAGUCUUGUGGCAUAAUAAAAG